CAUAACAUUUUUAUUUUCCAUUUUUAUUUAAGUGUCUUCGCUUUCACCAUGUGAGACACACUCAACUCAACUAUCAUCACCCAAAUCUCUCUAAACAUACAAAUUGUAAAUUUCCGCACUCUUCACCACCCUAUGACGUCAUUCUGCCGGCGGUCACCUACCGCCGGCACCGUCUCCCUCUACGGUCAAGUCCGCCUACUCCAACCAACAAACUCCACCGCCGGAAUCCACUACGGCUAUUCACCUCAACGCCAGGGAAUCUCCGUUUUACAGCUACGGCGACGUACGUGGAUUCCGGUGGUAGAAGCGAGUGGCGCAAGGGAGAGAUCGGAUGUCAGUGAGGAGGAUGAGAAGAAGAGGAUUGUGGAGGAUAAUUGUCGGAAAAGUGAGAAUCAGACGGUGAAGGUGGUGGUUGCUGCGGCGGCUGUUGGUGUAUUCGGUGUCGGAAAUAGGGUGCUUUAUAAGCUGGCGUUGGUUCCAUUGAAACAGUAUCCAUUCUUCUUGGCUCAGUUUUCAACUUUUGUAUAUGUAAUUGUAUACUUUUCUAUUUUAUAUAUCCGGUACCGUGCUGGCAUUGUCACUGAUGAGAUGUUAGCAGUGCCUAAAACUCCAUUUCUGAUUGUUGGUCUCUUGGAAGCUCUAGGUGCUGCCACAGGAAUGGCAGCAGGAGCAAUGCUAUCGGGCGCAUCAAUUCCAAUAUUGUCUCAGACUUUUCUUGUGUGGCAAAUUCUCCUGUCAACUAUAUUUCUUGGGAGAAGAUAUAAGGUCAACCAACUACUUGGAUGCUUUCUUGUGGCAAUCGGUGUAAUCAUCACUGUAGCAAGUGGAUCUGGUGCCGGGAAAUCAUUGCAGGAAGCUGGUAUAUUUUGGAGUCUUUUAAUGAUGGUUUCAUUUUUAUUCCAAGCAGCCGAUACUGUGCUCAAGGAGGUAAUCUUUUCGGAUGCAACCCAGAAACUAAAGGGAGGUUCUCUGGAUUUGUUUGUUGUCAAUUCCUUUGGAUCUGCUUUUCAAGCGCUGUUUAUAUGCCUCCUCCUCCCUUUCUUAUCAAAACUUUGGGGCAUCCCUUUCAGUCAACUGCCAAACUACCUUAAAGAUGGUGCAGCUUGCUUUCUGAAUAUUGGGAAGCUGUCUAGCGGAUGUGAUGGAGCUCCCUUGCUGCCCUUGCUGUUUAUUAUUGUCAACAUGGGCUUCAAUAUCUCAUUGCUUCAUCUCCUCAAGAUCUCUUCAGCUGUUGUAUCUUGUCUAGCCACCACUGUAGCAGUCCCAAUAUCAAUCUAUAUGUUCACGCUGCCACUGCCAUACCUUGGUGUUGCCUCUUCCCUUCCAACAGGCUUUCUUGCUGGAGCCAUCAUUCUCAUCAUGGGAUUACUCAUUUAUACAUGGACUCCUCCAAAUGUUUCCUCCAAUGCUUCCAUGACUGCACCCACGUAGUUGCACCAUUUCUCGACGUACAGAGUAUAGAUUGCAAACAAGGCUCAGGAAAGCUAGCGGUGCAACCAAUGGUUCAGGCUCAUUUUUUCACAAGAUACGGGGAGACAUGAAAACGAUAUAAUUUUUGUUUCAAUAACAUUUGCUGAAAAUUAUGAAGAAAAUAAAACAGCAAACGAAAUCUUCCUGAGCCUGCUCAAGCGAUAAAGGAGCAUAGAUAGGUUUAGUUCAAUUUUUGUGGAAAAGCAAAAUUGAAGAGAUUUCGUUCAUUGAAAUAUGAAGAGAUUUUUUUCCGAA